UAGAUAGACUCCAGUAAGGACGAUCGUUACCGCCUCAGCGGAGAAAGCGUGACAGAAGGAAAUCACUGACGAGAUUGAAGGGGGAAAAGACACAAGGCGGGGAAAAUGCAGUGCGACAGCAGAGAUGUGAUUCAGGGGGCAGGCGGCCAAGGACAUCAUUGGAGACGAAAAGCGGGCUUACGAGCAACUGUAGCUCGGUUUCCAAUGGCGAAGUGACGAGCGACGUCUGCAAAUCCCAGGGCGCAUCAUAGGUCGGCAGGCCCGUUGGGGUACGAUAGAUGCGAGGUACUAUACUUACAGAGCGAGGAGGAUGUGCGAUGUGCUGGCGACGAGGAGAGGGCGACCCGUGGGGUUGGUGGUUGGCGCACCGCUUGCCAAGGGGAGUGCCUUUCACUGUUGGUCUGUGCGGGAGCUGCGGAGUGAUGCUCAGGGCGCUACGCGCGCAAGCUUAUUUAAUAUCCAGGCUUGUGUCUUGCAUACGAGUACUUGUAGUACCACAGGGAGGUGUGUGGGGGUCGUGUUGUACGGAGUUGCCCCUCCCAGCUUCGCUGAGGGGUUGCAUGGAAGCGCCGAAGUCCGCAUGAGAUAUCUACGAAAGGGGAGUUGCAUCUUCAAUUCUACAGUAUGGCGCACGGACCACAACCCCCCGCGAGCACACCUCAAGCAGCGCAUCCUACGCCAUACCUGGUACACACCCAGCGGGACGACCCAGCACCACUACUGCCACCACCGCUGCCACCAGACAACAAAGGAAAUCGACCCUGUUGGAUAUUUGACAAUGCUCGCCUCAAGCGCCAGCAUCAACAAGCAUGGCCGUGGUUUUCUGGGAGGAGUCAUUCAUUCGGAGCCCAAACCCCGAAUCUUCCAUGACACCUGCUAACCAACAAGAUAGUCUACUACUAGCCCUAGCGUCCAGCCCUUUCUUCCCCUUGACUCUUCUAUCGCCUUCUCACCUUUAUAUUAUCUUGUCU